AUGUCACCAACCCUCUCCAAGAAUCCACAACCACUCUCCGGCGAUGAAGACGGCGGAGGUGGUGGGCGGAUUCCGGUAGAAGAGUGGCUGCCGAUCACAGAAUCCAGAAAAGGAAAUAUUUAUACGGCGACGCUUCAUCUUCUCUGUUCGGGAUUUGGUUUUCAAGUGCUUCUUCUUCCCGCAGCUUUCUCAGCACUCGGAUGGGUAUGGGGAAUGAUCAUUUUAACCGUAGGAUUUGCAUGGAAGCUCUACACGAUAUGGCUUCUUGUUCAUCUCCACGAAGCCGUACACGGAAUACGUUUCAGUCGAUACUUGAGACUCGCAAUUGCUUCAUUUGGUGUGAAGCUUGGGAAGCUUCUUGGAAUAUUCCCUGUUAUGUAUCUCUCAGGAGGAGCUUGUUCGAUUCUGGUUAUAACCGGAGGGAAAACAAUAAAGCAACUUCUACACAUUCUGUAUGAAGAUGAGACUGUGCCACUUACUACCGUGCAAUGCUUCAUCAUCUUUAGCUGCCUCGCGGUGGUCAUGUCUCAGUUUCCGAAUCUGAAUUCUCUUUUUGGACUCUCUUUGAUCGGUUGUGUUAUGGCCGUUGCAUACUCGACCGCAAUAUGGAUGUUACCUCUAACUUGUGAUCCGCAAAGGAAUCAAAACAGUGUCUCUUACGCUACAACGGAUACAAGUUUCGCUAACAUUUUCAACGCCAUUGGUUUGAUAGCUCUUGCUUUCCGUGGGAACAACCUCGUCCUUGAGAUACAGGGUACUCUUCCUUCAGAUUCAAAGAACCCUUCGAGUAAGACAAUGUGGAGGGCAGUGGUGAUCUCUCAUGUGCUCAUUGCGAUUUUUAUGUUUCCGUUAUCGAUUGUUGUAUACUGGGCAUAUGGAGACAAGAUUCCGGCUACGGGAGGUCCUAUAGGCAGCUACUUGAAACUUUACGAACAAGACUACUUGUCGAAGCGAGUCGCUUGUUUCAUACACCUCGCGUUCAUCUUCAAUUGCUUAUGCUCAUAUCCAAUAAACUUGAUGCCGGCUUGUGACAACGCAGAGAUGGUGUAUACCACUAAGAGACAAAAGCCAUGUUCCUUCUUUGUCCGGAUGAUGUUGCGUGUGUUCUUGGGUUUGGUUUGUUUCUUUGUAGCCGUUGGAUUCUCGUUCUUGCCUUAUCUGGCGGUCCUUAUCGGAGCAGUAGCCUUGCUUGUUACGUUUGCGUACCCGUGUUUCAUGUGGAUCUCUAUCAAACAGCCUCAAAGGAAAAGCCCGAUGUGGUUUCUCAACGUUUUGGUGGGAAGCUUAGGCGCUUCUCUCAGCGUUUUGCUUAUCGUUGCCUCGGCUUUGCGACUGGCGGAUAAGGGUUUACAUGCGAACUUCUUCAAACCCUAA